UUGCAGAUAAGUGAUUGGUGUAGUGGUGCUAUCGUCGGGCUCAAAUAUAUAACAUACCGACGAUCAAAUCCAAGACUCUACUUUGAGACCAAAGCUAUUUUUCUCUUUUUCAUUUUUGUUGAAACUUAUAAGGACCUCAGCAGAGUUGAAAAAGCGUCAUGGAAAUGUUCCACCUGUAUAAAUGUUACUACUCGCCGCAAAGAGGAUAACAAUAACACCCCAGUGUCCGCACGUCGUCCUGCGCCGCUCGAUGACUCCUUGACGAUAGACGAAACAACGCAUGCCAAUACAUCUGGCUCUAGUAUUCCUAUUCAGGAACCUGCACCUACCUCUAGUAACCUUACACUUAACAACAUAGCCGAACUUCUUGACUCAAAGUUGAAGACUUUUAGGGAAUCUUUCUUCUCUAAUAUGAAAUCGUUCAUCAAAAGUGUAAUAUUCGCUGCUACUGAAAAAACAAAACAAGAAUUCACUGAAACGACAGAUUUUUUGCAGUCAGAAAAUAAAGAUAUAAAAGCUUCCUUAUCAUUUGUCGAAACUCACAUCAGCGAACUAGAGAAACAAAAUUGCGAUUUCCUGAAAAAUAUAACGUCUUUGAAAAAUCGUUUGGUAUCUAUGGAAAAAGUUUCGCGGAGCUGCAAUGUUGAAAUACAAGCUGUCCCUGAAAAGCGUAAUGAAAAUGUACUUGCAAUAGUGAAAAACCAUAAAACCGUGAACUUACAAAUCGCUGAUGAUGAAAUCAGUGUUUGUCGUAGAGUUGCUAAGUUACCAUCUACUUCUGCAAGCCGUCCACGCAAUAUUCUAGUGAGUUUUCCAUCAGCGCUACAGAGACAACUUAAUUUCAGCGGUGAAACGUUUUAA